CCACCCGCGCCGCCCGCCUUCUCCCACCGACAGACUCCGACAGACAAAACCGAAUGUACCGUGUAAUCUUAUUCUUAUUCUUAUUCUUGACAACCAACAGAGAUGGGGUCGCGAGUACCACUUAUUUUCGGAACAAUGACCAUAGGUUUCCCUAGCAAGAACGGUGUUCGCACGGCGGACCUGGACGAAUGCCAGAAUAUCAUAGACGUGUUCCUACAGCAUGGACACAAGGAGCUAGACACUGCUAGAGUGUAUGCAGAAGGAACAACCGAAGAGUUGCUGUCGAAGCUCGACCUCAAAGGCGCCACUAUUGAUACCAAGGUUUAUCCUGUAAAUCCAGGCGAUCAUUCGCCUGCAGCUUUGCGCUCGAUCUUCUUGACAUCGUUGGAGAAGUUGAAGCGCGACAGAAUACGUGUCUUGUAUCUUCAUGCGCCUGAUCGCUCUGUCCCCUUCGAGGUAACCGUCGCGGAGGUCAACAAGCUAUACGAGGAAGGUCGUUUCGAGAUCUUUGGCCUAAGCAAUUACGCAGCUUGGGAGGUUGCCGAAAUCGUUGGAAUCUGCAUGGCCAAGGGAUAUGUCAUGCCGAAGGUAUAUCAAGUGAUGUACAACGCAGUUACACGAGCCAUGGAGGCGGAACUCCUUCCUUGUGCUCGUAAAUAUGGGUUACGUCUUGUGAUAUACAAUCCUUUAGCAGGAGGUCUCUUCGCCGGAAAAGUUACUUCGUUAGACGACCCUAACGCUGCGGGGGGCCGUUUUGAUGCUGGAGGAAGCGCGAUGGGAACAAUGUACCGAGCUCGUUAUUUGAAAGAUGGCUAUUUCAAAGCCCUUGAACACCUCAAGGGUAUCGCGACGGAACACAAUCUACGUUUAACUGAGAUCGCUUUGCGUUGGUGUCAGCAUCACUCGGUUCUCACUCCUGAAGAUGGGGUCAUUAUCGGUGCGAGUAAUGUCAGCCAGCUGCAGCAGAACUGCGAGGAUAGCACCAAAGGGCCACUACCUGACGCCGUAGUCAAAGCUCUGGAUGAAGCCCAUCGUAUGGUUGUUGAAAGCGGGACUGCACCCUUGUAUUGGCGAUGAUUUGAGACUUCAGCAAAAUUAGAAAUAGUUGUUUCCGUCAGUUUUCAGCGUAUGUAUUUCGAAAGAGGUCGUGUAUCUAUGUCUAGCAUGACCUUCAAGUUGAUGUAAU